AUGUUUGAACACGACGGAGUAUUUAUUGAAAAAUUGAAGACACUUUCAGUCACCGAUUCUUAUACUUUUGAUUAUAUAUUUACAGGUAAAAAGAAUUUUGAAAAACUUGAGUGGAUCUAUUUUGACUUGACUCAAAUAGAUGUUACAGAGUAUAAAAAAGUCAUCAAAAAUCUAUUUGCUCUUAAACAAAUAGAAGUUACUUGUAACUUGGAAGAUGCCAAAGACGUUUAUGUAAAUAUUCCCAACGUUCGAUGGGUGUUUUACAUCAAAGAAUGUGAAGAUAAAAAUUAUGAAGAAGAAACCAAAAUCGAAAUUUUCAAUUUUAUAAAAACAGUAGGAAAACUGGUGUUGGACUUUAAAGAGAAUUUUGCUGUGAAUGGCGCAAUUUUUGAGAAUAUAGAAAAUGCCGAAAUUGUCGAUAAAAAUUAUUUAAAAUAUUCAGAAAUGUUUAAACAAUAUCAGAUGUAUCCCACAGAAGCAGUUGUUAGUACUACAAAUUCUAUGAAUACAAUUCAAUUUAAUUGUAUUCAAAAAGUAGAUUCAAAAGUGGAUAAACAUAACAUAAAUAAAGAUGUCAUAGAUCUUCAUGGAUGCCCACUUACAUACAUCACCGUUGAUACAAAUAAAUGUGUUGAUGUCGCAGCAAGUGUGAAAAAGGUGAAAACAUCACAACGAGUAAUUAAUUUAUACUCAACCACUCAAACAACAAUAGAAGUGUGUUUUAAAGAUGUUGAAAAAAAGCAAAAAAGUGGAAAUGUUGAGUAUACACCACUAUCUGUGAUAGUGAACGUUACGGGUAAAACUACAGUCGACAUUGAUAAAAUUUGUUUAAAAGAUUACACAACAGUAAAAGCAGUUGUAGUUCGAGGGGUCUCUGAUUUCAAUUUUGAUAUUUUUGAGAUGUUAGAUGAGCUGACAGUAACAGUAACAGAACCACUAGAUAUUUCCGAGUCAAAUGACAAUUCAAUUUUAUUGAGUAAUGAUGAUCAAGAUGAUAAUAAUAAUAAAACACAUAAAAAUCAACGUGUCAGCGGAAAUUUACACGAAAGUGAUAAAGACUAUUAUAACGAUAUAAAAAUUGCAAUUGAUCUUUCAAAUUUACACAUCAAAAAACUCACAUUAAUUUCAUGUAAUGAUUGUAACAUCAAAAUACCGACAACUACAACUUCUCUUUCUAUUACAACAAGUUGUGGAUGUUAUAUAACUUCAUCUUCUUUUUGGUUUCUUGACAAAUUUGAUAUCGACAAAGAUUCAAAGUGUAUUUAUUGUACCAACAUCCGAUAUAAUCACAAACUGGCUGUCUAUAAUUACGACUGGCGGUAUAUGUGUAUCGAGUGUGAUGAAUAUCGUGUAUUCACUGAUGUACCAAAUGACGGUGUUGUAUUGACAAGGUUGUAUGAAAAUCGUGAUUAUCAUGAUUACCCGACAUGUCAUGCCACAGAGCUUGGAACGAUGUUUCUUAGUGCAAAUACAGAACACGACUGUAACUCUUGGUAUUGCGUGACAACUCAAAUUAAAAAUAUCCAACACGGUGCAUUUAAAAAUUGGAAACAAGGCAGAUGUGUUGUGUUCAAAGCGCCACUUUUGAAGAUCCCCAAUGAAUGUUUUACAAACAGCGAAAAUAUUAAGGAAAUAGUUCUUCCACCGACUAUUCAAACACUCGGAAGAAGAGCUUUUUACAACUGUAAAAGUCUCAAAACUAUUAAUAUUCCAAGCAAUGUCAAAUGUCUUGGAAACAAACUCUUUUGUGGGUGUUCAAGUUUGUCGUACAUCCAACUUCCAAGUAAAAUCACAAAACUUGAAAAAAUGUGUUUUAAAAAUUGCAGAAAUUUAAAAAUCGUCGAGACACAAAACAAAAUUAUGGUAUUGGGUGAAGACUGCUUUGUCGGGUGCGAAUCUCUAAAACUUGAUUUCUCAUUUAUAAUGGAAAAAUUUUCACCAAUCGAAUUAUCAAAAUGCCACUUCAAAAAUUGUAAGUGGUUGACUUCAUUUGACAUUCCAUCGUCUGUGACACACAUUGGAGAUGACUGUUUCUUUGGAUGCACCGGGUUAACAGAAAUGACUAUUCCCUACACAGUAAUUUCCAUGGGAAGUCGUGUAUUCAACGAGUGUAGUAAUUUAAAAACAUUGUACGUUUCUGAUGAAAUACAGAUGGCUAAACACUGGUUUAAUGGAUUAAAUAACAUCGAAACUCUUCAUUUACCAUUGUGUGUUGAUAAACUGUGUGACUUCAGAUUUUUUAAUAUGAAAAUGUUGAAAUCAGUAAAUCUUCCAACCACGUUGGAAACCGUUGGAAUUGGAUGCUUUAAAGGAUGUGUAUCACUCACAACAAUAACAAUACCUGACGGUGUCUCUUAUAUUCCAACUUCGUGUUUUGAGGGAUGUGGGUUGGUUAAAUUAGUAUGUAAGGCGAAGCGAUUUGGUAACAAAUGUUUUUACGACUGUGAAGAUUUGGAAGAAGUUUUUACAGAGGCAGAUACCGUUGGUGACGAAGCCUUCAUGAAUUGUAUAAAUCUCGUUAAAUUUAUUAAUAACAGAAAUUUGUCUGUUGGAAAAGGGUGUUUUAAAAACUGUGGGAAACUUAAAAAAUUUGUUGGUAAAAUAAAAAAGGUGUCAGUUGGUUGUUUCAUGUUUUGUUCAAGUCUGAAAUCGUUGGAAAUAGAAGAAGAUGCAACUUUGGAUAGAUCAUGUUUUUAUUAUUGUAAAACGUUAAACAUUAAUACAAAUUGGAAAAACAUUGAAAUCGCUUACUCUUUCAAUGAUAAUUAA